GAUCUUGGUCUUCUUGAGUUAAUCUCACUCUUUCCCCUCUCUGGAGCCCACGUAUAAAGUCCUUACAAGAAACAAAACUGUUCUUCUCUUUCUCUGAGUCUGCUCGCAAGAGGGCAACCAAUAGCUGGGACUCAAUUCUGGGAGCUAGCAAAAGCGACAAAGAAGAAGGAAAUGAAGCUGAAUUGGAGACUGCCGUCGCGUAACAAGCACAGUAAUUUGGCGGUGAAGCUAGCAGUCUCGAUUCUCUUGGUGGGUCUCGCGUUUAGGCUUCUCUUCUCAAGAUCCGAGGAGUUGACGCCCAAUGUGGCGAACGCAGUCGCCGAAAAAUCGGAGGCGACAAAGCCGACUGAAUCUGAUGAAGUCUCGCCUCAAUUCGACUCAACAGGUGCAGAAGAUGAAAAUGCUAGCGCAGAUGAAUGUGAUCUUUUCUCUGGGGAUUGGAUUCCACAUCGGUCUAGUCCAGUUUAUACCAAUCAGAGCUGCUCCUUCAUCGAGACUCACCAAAACUGUAUGGGGAAUGGGAGGCCGGAUAAAGGGUAUUUGUACUGGAGGUGGAAACCGAGAAACUGCGAAUUGCCACCAUUCAGCGGGCGGAGGUUUCUCAAGUUUAUGAGGAACAAGGCAUGGGCAUUGAUUGGUGAUUCGAUUUCUCGUAACCAUGUGCAGUCUUUGCUAUGCAUGCUUUCAACUGUAGAACAACCGAUACACGUCUACCAUGACAAAGAAUACAAAUCGAGAAGAUGGCACUUCCCCUCCUACAACUUCAACAUCUCGGUCAUCUGGACUCCUUUCCUUGUAAAAGCGGCAAUUUUCGAGGACUACAAUGGCGUCUCCACAUCAGAAGUUAAGCUUCAUCUGGACAAGCUUGAUACGAACUGGACUAGUUUGUAUCCAAACUUGGAUUACAUGAUAAUAUCAACGGGGAAAUGGUUUCUCAAAACUUCGAUAUACUAUGAGAAUGGUCGAGCCGUGGGCUGCCAUAACUGUAACAAAGAAGACAUACCCGAGGUUGGAUUCGAGUUUGCCUACAGGAAGACUCUGCACAACGUGAUGAACUUCAUAGCAAAAUCUAAGCACAAAGGUCUGAUAUUUUUUCGCACAUCCACACCAGAUCAUUUUGAGAAUGGGGAGUGGCAUAACGGCGGGACCUGCCGGAGAACAGCUCCUGUCAAAGAAGGUGAGAUCGAAUUGAAGGACGUAAACCGAGUUCUCCGUGACAUCGAACUCAACGAGUACAAGAAGGCAUCAGCCAUAGCUGCUAAUAAUGGCGUGGAUCUAAAGCUUCUCGACUUCACUAAUCUCUUGCUGACAAGGCCUGACGGGCAUCCGGGUCCCUACAGGGAGUUUUAUCCGUUUUCGAAGGAUAAGAACGCCAAAGUCCAGAAUGACUGCUUGCACUGGUGCUUGCCAGGGCCUAUUGACACUUGGAACGACUUGAUAAUGGAAAUUGCGGUGAAUGCAAGUUGAACCACAGCAGCAAAGCCCGAGAUCUAAUCGAUAGAAUGGUGAACUUGUAAAUGCACGCAACAGGUUGACGUGAUGCGCACUCGGCAGGAGUUCGCAGUCUGUGGAUGUAUUGCAAUGGUUGUGAAUAUGUUCUAGUUCCUUCAGCUCUCCCAUUAUAGUGAGGUUAUUACAUAGACCAAAUGGCCAGUCAAGGAAUUUAUCCGUUUGAUGGUACAAAGAGAGCAUCUUUUUGGAAUCUAACAGAAAUGGUGUUUUAUUGGCGAAAGGAAUGGCAUGGAGUUGUAUUGCACCGUGUGGUUUAUGCGAUUGCAGUACUUGAUUCUGAGUUUCACUAGACUCAGGUUGUUUCAACCGAGAUACUGACCAUGGAAUACUUCCAAUGUCCUGCGGUGUUGAUCUCGUGAUGAUCUGAUCUUUUGAACUGUAACAUUUCUUAGAAAUCAAUCCAAAAGGGUGCUCAAU